CCAAUUUUGAAAUAAAAUAAAAAUAUAAUCGAAGAAAUGAAAUAUGGUUGGGUCGAGUAAUCGGUUUUGUACAGGGCGUAUGGAGGAGAGAGAAAGAGAAGCAUGGGUUGGAGCAGGAGCAGGAUCAUUAACAGCCUCGGACACGUACCAGUAUGCGCCCUCGAAUUCGCGCCACCUGGCUCUUACCUCUACACAUCACUCCCAUCUCUCUUCUUCUUCUUCACCAUCAUCCUCGCCUAAUUCUCACUUCUCCAACCUUCUCAUCCAUCAAUCAAUGGAACUGGAUAGCUUAUGGAAUAUCGCCGCCAACUUCGGCGAGACGCACCAGCAGGUGGUUCCGAUCACCGUCUUCGUCGCCGUCCUCUGCUUCUGUUUGAUCGUCGGCCACUUGCUCGAAGAGAACCGAUGGGUCAAUGAAUCCAUCACCGCUCUCAUAAUCGGAUGUGCGACGGGGACAAUAAUUCUGUUGAUAAGCAAAGGGAAGAGUUCACACAUAUUGAGAUUUGAUGAAGAGAUUUUCUUCAUCUAUCUCCUUCCGCCCAUCAUUUUCAAUGCAGGGUUCCAGGUCAAGAAGAAACAGUUCUUCCAUAACUUCUUCCCCAUAAUGCUGUUUGGGGUUGUUGGAGUUUUUAUAUCGUCAUCCAUCGUUACAGUUGGCAGCUGGUUGAUGUUUCCCAUGUUCGGUUUUGUUGGUCUGACUCCCCGUGAUUUUCUUGGUAUUGGAACAAUAUUUUCAUCGACAGACACCGUUUGCACUCUGCAGGUUCUGCAUCAAGAUGAGACUCCAUUGCUCUACAGCCUAGUCUUUGGUGAAGGGGUAGUAAACGAUGCAACUUCAGUCGUUCUAUUUAAUGCAAUUCAAAAGCUUGACGUCAACACAAUAGAUGGCUGGACAGCAGCCCGAGUUUUCGUAGAUUUCCUGUACCUAUUCUCCACAAGCACUGCUUUGGGAGUUGCUUCUGGCCUUGUGACUGCAUACAUUCUCAAGGGCUUGUACUUUGGCCGACAUUCAAGUAUUCGGGAGAUCGCUCUUAUGGUCCUUAUGUCGUACCUUUCCUACAUGUUGGCCGAGCUUUUGGAGCUGAGUGGGAUUCUGACAGUGUUCUUUUCUGGGAUUUUCAUGUCGCAUUAUGCAUGGCAUAAUGUGACCGACAGUUCGAGAAUCACAACCAGGCAUGUGUUUGCAAUGAUGUCCUUUAUUGCAGAAACAUUUAUAUUUCUAUACGUGGGAAUGGAUGCUCUGGAUAUCGAGAAAUGGAAAAUGAGCAAAUUAAGGCCCUGGAAUGCAAUUGGUAUAUACUGUACUGUCAUGUUCCUGAUAUUGCUUGGACGCGCUGCUUUUGUUUUUCCUCUCUCGGCUUUAUCAAAUUGUAUGGACCGAACAUCAACACGGUCAACACCAAUAACAUUCAAGCACCAGGUCGUAAUUUGGUGGGCCGGGCUGAUGAGGGGAGCAGUCUCCAUUGCUUUGGCAUUCAAGCAGUUCACGCACUAUGGUGUGCCGCUAGAUCCAGUAAAUGCCACAAUGGUGACAACAACGGUGAUAGUAGUGCUCUUUAGCACAUUAGUCUUCGGCUUCCUUACAAAGCCACUGAUACACUACUUGCUCCCUCAGAGCGGCACUAGCAACAGUCUAGAUCGCGAGCCAACGAUAUCCAAGGAGGACAUGAGGCUGCCUCUGCUUUCGUUCGAUGAAUCAGCUUCAGAGAACCUUCACCGAGCAAAAGAUGGUCUGUCGAGGCUGAUAGAGAGGCCUGUGUAUACUAUACAUUCCUUCUGGCGGAGAUUUGAUGAUGCAUACAUGAGACCGACUUUUGGCGGCCCUCGAAGUGACCAGAGCUCAUCGUGAACUGCCGCUGCGUCAAAAUAUAUGGUAAGAGCUCAGGUAACAAGGGAUGAUCAGCGACACUUGGAAGCUUUUGACUAUUUUCAAGUGUAACAUAUAUAUAGAUAGAUAGGGAGAGAGAGAUAUCCGUGAAUUCAGGUCUCUUUUUUGCUGACAAACGGUUUCAUUCCACUGGAAUAGUAGUUGUCGUUCUGAGGGAAUCAUUGAUUUGGUUGAUAGCUACACUGUAAACAGCUAGACAACAUAAGGCGGGAGUAGACUCUUUUGGGAAAAAUUUGUGCAUCUGGAUUCGAGGUUAUACAAUCUAAUUAAAUUUUUUAUUUGUUAAUAAUAUAUAUUAAUUUUGAAUA